AUGGGGUCAGUUGGAGAAAUCUAUGAAGCGCAGUGCACUCAGGGUCUAGCCACAGUGCUGGCCAUCGGCACAGCAAAUCCAUCCAACUGUGUAUAUCAACCUGAUUUCCCAGAUUUCUACUUCAGAUCCACAAAGAGUGAGCAUAUGACUGGAUUGAAGGAGAAGUUCAAGCGAAUCUGUGACAGAUCUACAAUUAUAAAACGUCAUCUCUACAUGAUUGAGGAAAUGAUCGAGGAGAACCCCGACUUCUACAACCCCAUGGCUCCAACACUUGAUGCACGCCAAGAUAUUAUGGUUGUUGAGGUUCCCAAGUUGGCUAAAGAAGCAGCUUUAAAAGCCAUCAAUGAGUGGGGACAGCCCAAAUCAAAGAUCACCCACAUUGUAUUCACAACCAUUUCUGGUGUUGAUGCACCUGGUGCCGACUUCCAACUCAUCAAGCUCCUUGGCCUUUCACCUACCGUCAAACGUGUGAUGAUGUAUCAUCUAGGCUGCGACGGUGGUGGCAGUGUCCUCCGUGUUGCCAAAGACCUUGCUGAGAACAAUAAAGGUGCGCGUGUCCUCGUUGUUUUCUCGGAGUUAAACUCAGUUAGUGGCUUCAAGGGACCAACCGAGACCGACUUCCACACCUUACUUGGGCAGGCAAUCUUUGCAGAUGGCGCUGCAGCUUUAAUAGUUGGUGCAGACCCCAACACAUCAAUUGAGCGCCCACUGUUCCAACUCUUCUCAGCAGGUUCUUGAAUUCUCCCAGACUCGGAUGAUAUGGUUGAAGGUCAUUUUCGUCAAACGGGUCUUUCAAUCAGCUUAUCCAAGGAUGUAGCCAAAACUAUUUCUGGGAACAUCGGAAAAUGCUUGGCGGAAGCAUUCAGCAAGAUUGGUAUUAGUGAUUGGAACUCCAUUUUUUGGGUGUCUCACCC